CAAUCACGGGGAGCCGUCCGAGCUCCACAAAAGUUACCCAAUCUCAGAUUAUAUUUCCAAUUUAAAUUCCAUGUGUGAGUAAUAUUUUAAAUAAAUAUCACAAAACCAUGAGGUUUAUAACGACAAUUGUGAUAGCGAUGUGCUUAAUAGCUCUAGUUAGCUCUUUCCCUCGUCCUGAGAACACGAGAUUUCGUUCAAAGAUGUUAGAACGAAUUAUGGAAAAUGAAAGUAACGAGGAUCCAGCUCUGAGGGGUAAAAGGACUAUUGGUGUUUUACGACAAUUUUUUCCAAGUAUUACAAAGGAAGUGAAUCACGAAACAGAGAAUCGGGUUCAAGACGUAAACGGAGCAGAGUCAAAUCAGAACGAAGUAAAAGUUCAAUUCGCGGAUCAAGACAAUCAAGCAGAAGCCGCGAACGCGAACGACGAGCUGCCACCGUUAGAGGAAAUCGAAGUGCCCGAAGACGAAAACAGGAACAAGAGGUUCCUGAGUUUCGGCUUCGGAGGUAGUGGCGGAGCCGCGGGUGGUAGUGGAGGCGGAUCAGGAAAUUUUCUCUUUGACAUUAUUCGGCAAGCAGCCGACGGGGCGGCAAGAGCGGCAGGGACGGUUUACCGUGUGGUAGCGGGUACACAAAGCCUCGGUCUAGGUCUAAGCGCCUCGCGUGAUCUAGCACCGUCCCCUUCGCCCACAGCAAGUGCCGCCCCCGCAGCCGCUCCAGCCCCCGCGGCCCCCGCAGCUGCCCCUGCGCCCGGAACUGGCACGCAACCAUCGUUAGUGGCAGGCAGUGGAUCAGCACCGAGCGACGGAAAUUCUGCUGGAAGAACAGACGAAGCAGUGCCAGGACCUAUUACGAGGCUCUUUGUAAUCGCUAAUAGGGGCAUUGCCAAUCUCAUGCAGGACAUUAUUCUCAGACUCGCAGCAACAAGUGAACGUAUCGUCAACUUCAAAGCACGAUUAAUUACAUCAAUUAUCUGAAAUAGCAUAAUUAACUUAACUAAAUCAAGGAUUUCGUAAAAAAAAAAAUGACAAUUAAAGGACAAAUGAAUCGUAGGUACGACGCUUAGUAACAUUUAAAUAAAAAUCGUUGCUCUUUGUUCCUGUGAUUCGACUAAAAAAUGAAAUGGAUUUGUAGUGUCACAGUUUAUUAUUUAAUUGUAAUUGUAAUAGUACACAUACACAGUUAAAACAUUCAAAUCCUUUUACUCAACAAUUCCAUUUAUUUAUUAUUAUAUUUUACACAAUUUCGAUUUCUUAAAAUAUUUAUCCGAGCGUGGAGUUGGAUCUCGAUUGAAGCUGAUGAAAAUCAUCGAUUGCGGCAAAAGAUAACUUAAUAAUAAUAAUAAUAUGAAUAAAUAAAUGGAAUUAAGUGAGUACAUAAGUAAUUGCUGUAAAACUUGUAAAUAUUUUGUUGAAAAAAAAAAAAAAGUUUAAGUUUAUUUUGCUAAACUGUUCACUUUUAGGUACUUAUUUGUCUUGACUGUUAUUUUUGUUACCAUGAACUCCAUACUAUUAUUUAUUUUUUUUUUUUUUUUUUAUA